AUGUAUUUCUCAAUCAGAACUACACAGUCUCUCCUAGCCAACCUUUGGCUGGGGUGUGCUAUUGCGCUGCCCGGCUCCAGCCCCGGUCUUGAUGGAUCACAAAUUGAAGACGCCAGUACGAUCGUACGCGAUGUUGCUGUGAUCGGAGGCGGAGCUUCCGGCACCUACGCUGCCAUCCAGCUCCGUCAGAUGGGCCACAGCGUCGUGGUAGUCGAAAAGGAACCUCUCCUAGGCGGCGCCACAAAUACCUACUAUGAUCCAGUCAGCGGCAAGUAUAUUGACUACGGCGUGCUGAUCUGGCAGGAUAUCCCCGAGGCAAGAGACUUCCUCGCCCACUUCAAUAUCUCCACGACCAUCGAGCAAUUCUCAAACUCCGAUAGUGCCCGCGUUGAUCUGCGCACGGGGGAAAACGUGCCACCGCCGCAGGGCAAUGUGACCGAGGCGAUGUUGCGGUAUGUGGACCAGCUGCUCAAGUAUCCCUAUCUCUCGGAUGGAUGGGAUCUCCCAGACUCCGUGCCGGAGGACCUACUGCUCCCAUUCGGGGAUUUUGUGGAGAAAUAUGAUCUUGCACCGGCGGUGGAGACCCUGACGCUGUAUGCUCAGGGUCUCAAAGACUGGCUGCCGUAUCCGACCGUGUACAUCAUGAAGUAUUUCAGUCUGGGGGUGGCGUUGGGCGCGCAGAAUGGGUUUCUGGGCACGGCGGACCACAACAAUGGGGCUUUGUAUGAGGCUGCGCGGGAGGAACUGGGCGAGGAUGCAUUGAUCGGCAGUACUGUGGCUGGGAUGGACCGUCCAGCAAACCGUACGCAUCGGAUCCUGGUUCGAACCCCAAAUGGCUACCGACUCAUCAGAGCGAAGAGGACCAUCAUCGCUGCUCCGCCGAAGCUGGAAAAUCUGCAGAAUUUCGACCUGGAUGAUACAGAGAGUGAUGUAUUUGGCCAGUUCGAAAGCAGCUUCUACUACACCACCGUGACCAAGCUCCCUGGCCUCCCAGCGGGACUUGGAUUCCUCAACCGUGGCGCAGACACGCUGUACAAUCUCCCUCCCCUGCCGGGAGUGUACACCAUCACACCGACCCUCGUCCCGGAGAUGUACACAGUUUUCUACGGCGGCGGGGAGAAAAAGACUGAGGACGAAGUGAAGGAGAGCAUCAAAGACAGCGUGCUGAAAUUAAGUGAAGCGGGCUUCAAUACCUCCGAGCCUGAGAUCCUGGCCUUCAGUAAUCACAGUCCAUUCGAGUUGUUCGUUUCGUCGGACAAGAUUGCCAGUGGCUUUUACAGGAAUUUGUAUGCGUUGCAGGGACAUCGGAACACGUACUAUGCCGGCGCUGCGUUCCAUGCGCAGGACUCUGCUGCCCUAUGGAGGUUUGUGGGGAAUCUGUUGAAGACUAUUUUUGAUUGA